AUAAGGGAACCGCGAGCACGAGGUGCGGGCCGACCACACCGCUUCGUCUUCCUCCCCUCCUCCCGCUCCUUCUCCAAGGAUUCCGCCAUCGUUGGUCGCUUCUUGUGUCCAGAACUUGGAGCUCCAAGGCGAAACUCCCCUGCUCCAGGUAAUUAGUCUUGGUGAAAAUGGAAGGAACUGUUGGCUAAUGGUCAUCAAUUUCAUAUGGCCAUUGGUGCAUAGAUAUUCAAUGUCCUUUUAAAUUAACACCUGUUCCUGGUCUACCCGAACUAAUAUAAACCGAUAUUUUCUCUAGACAUUGGGGCAAUGUGCAAGGGAGAGACCUGUUCCUACAUCAUCAAUAAGAAAUCCAAGGCUGUGUAUUCGACCAAGAGAAUCCACUCCCAGGGUUUUCGCCAUCGAAUGGCAUUUGAUACAGGAAAAAUACCAAAGACAGAAAAAUCUAAGUUGAAGAACCUCAUUUCAGUAUCAUUCAAACCCGUGUCCCUUGCAAUUCCCACUGGUGAUGGAUACCAUGAACUUGUUUGUUUGGAUCAUCACUGCACAUAGAAAAUAAGCAAGCGCAACAAACACAGAAACCAUUUUAGUAGUUCCGUGUUAACGAGGGAGGCCAGCAUUAAAAAGGUUUUUUUUUUUAAGAUAAAGGAAAUAAUUCCGGUUUUUUGCAUCCUCCGAUGCAUACAGCUCUUUAAAGGUUAUUACAUAAUCUCAUACUAUAUGAUUUAAGGUGCCAAAAAGAAAAAUUUUACACCAUCCGGUGCAAAACGACUUUUGUUCUUGAUGCCACAUUAGACAAUGCUUUCACUUGUCGGUGCAAGGGAGCCUUGUGUUCAAUCACGGAUGUGCCUCGGGGAUAGAAUACAGCACAAGUUUCCAGCUGAGCGAAAACUUCCCUCCAAGAUGAUGAUCCAGAAGGAAAGCGAUCCAUACAACGCGCUGGUACCUGGUUUGCCAGAAGAUCUGGCGAAGGUAUGCCUCGCGCUCGUCCCUCGGAGCUGUUUCCCGGUCAUGGGUGCAGUGUCAAAGAAGUGGAUGUCAUUCAUCGGGAGCAGGGAGUUUAUCACUGUUAGAAAGGAGGUUAGGAAGCUUGAAGAGUGGAUUUAUGUCCUGACCGCUGAAGCAGGAGGAAAGGGAAGUCGCUGGGAGGUGUUGGGGAGCCUGGAUCAGAAGAAGAGGAUACUUCCUCCCAUGCCUGGACCAACUAAAGCCGGGUUUGGUGUGGUUGUUCUUGAUGGGAAGCUUUUUGUCAUGGCUGGCUAUGCUGCUGACCGUGGGAAAGAAUUUGUCUCGGAUGAGGUUCACCGUUACGAUGCUUGUCUGAACAGGUGGGCUGCACUUACCAAGAUGAAUAUUGCGCGUCGCGACUUCGCCUGCGCAGAGGUCAACGGUGUGAUAUAUGUCGCUGGUGGAUUUGGGCCUGCUGGGGAUAGCCUCACAAGCGUUGAAGCCUACAAUCCACAGCUGAACAGAUGGACACUGAUCGAAAGCCUCCGCAGGCCAAGGUGGGGCUGCUUUGCCUGCAGUUUCGAUGGGAAGCUGUACAUCAUGGGCGGCCGUUCAAGCUUCACCAUUGGCAACUCCCGCUCCGUCGACGUGUAUGACCCCGGCCGCCAUGCCUGGGACGAGAUCAAGAAGGGCUGUGUGAUGGUUACCUCCCAUGCUGUGCUUGACAAGAGGCUGUUCUGCAUCGAGUGGAAGAACCAGCGGUCACUUGCAGCCUUCAACCCGGCAGACAAAUCCUGGCAGAGGAUCCCGGUGCCCCUUACUGGCAGUUCUAGCACUCGGUUUUGCCUCGGGGUGCUCGGCGGGAAGGUGCUUCUGUUUUCAAUGGAGCAAGAACCUAGGUACCAGACCCUGAUCUACGACCCGGAUGCAAAAAAGGGAUCUGAAUGGGGCACGUCUAAGCUCAAGCCGUCAGGGUUGUGCAUGUGCAGUCUGACCAUUGAAGUUUGAUGGUAUGGCCAGGCCGAGAUGGUAUCAUGGUGUUCUACCGCUGCUUUGAACUUCUGAAACUUCGCUCAACGAUUCAGACUGGUGCUGCUAGUUGUAACAACUUUCUACUUGAGGUUGUUACUUGUGAAUUCUAAAUUCUACUCCUCACUUUAAUGAAUAGGCAAAGCUAUUGUGAAAAGAAAAGGUUGUACUUUGAUCCACUUGUGAUUUUGUAAAGUAAAAAAGUCUAUGUUGCAGAUAUGCCGAAUUUUGAUUGAUUCCUUAAUAACAGCAAAAUUUCGUAUUCA